GGAGAAGGGGUGGGGUGAGCAGAGGCCCCGACGCCGGCACAGGCUCCUCCUGCCUCCCCCCUCCCCGCCCCCACGUACUAAGGCGCCCAGCCCACGGCGAUCUGCUCACUGGCCGCGCGUCCCAGCCAGCCCGGAGUCCCCGCUGCGCCUCCUGCCUAGGCUUCAACAGACCUCACCAAAAUGCCGUCUCAAAUGGAACACGCCAUGGAAACCAUGAUGUUCACAUUUCACAGAUUUGCUGGGGAUAAAGGCUACUUAACAAAGGAGGACCUGCGAGUACUCAUGGAAAAGGAGUUCCCUGGAUUUUUGGAAAAUCAAAAAGACCCCCUGGCCGUGGACAAGAUAAUGAAGGACCUGGACCAGUGCCGGGACGGCAAAGUGGGCUUCCAGAGCUUCUUCUCGCUGAUCGCCGGGCUCACCAUUGCGUGCAAUGACUACUUUGUGGUGCACAUGAAGCAGAAGGGAAAGAAGUAGGCCGCGCUGAGCAGUCGCUCCUGCCCUGAUAAGAAGUCUCCCAAAGGGUCGCUUAAGGAAUCUGCCCCACAGCUUCCCCCUGUAUAAGGAUUUCCUGAGCAGAUUGGGACCCUUAGAAAAUGUACAAAUAAAACCCAACUCCCCUUGGAGAAGCAGAGAGAGAAAAGUCACUUAAAGCCAGAUAAGCUUUUGAUUUUUAUAUUGCUUGCAUCCUCUUGCCCUCAAUAAACCAAAUCCUUUUUUAGUUCUGAA